AUGCCCGUGACGGACGAGGAGGCCCGGGCUAUCCUCCAGGCGCGAGGGGGUCGCGAGACGCCCGUGACGGAGGAGGAGGCGCGGGGCGGCGAGGAGCUAUCGCGGCGUGGGAAGAAGGCGGUGGCGAAGGAGGCGGGCGAGGCGGUAUCACGCGAGGAAGGCGAGGCGAUUUAUCGCGCGACGCUCGAGUCGCUGUUGGCGUCCACCGGGUGGACGCCGCGCGCCGCGGAGGAGAGGGCGCGCGAGGAGCAGCGUGCGCAUGUUCGGCAGAUGCGCUGGGCAAGGGAGCACGGCCGGGGGGAGCCGGUCCGGUGCUUUGAGGAGGAGUACGACGAAGGCGACGACGCUUUCGACGCGCUCUUCGACGGGGGCUCGGGGUACGGCCUAGCUUUUGGGUAA